GAGUCUAAAAAACAGCUGUUCUUGCCAGCACUGAAGGUUUCCUUCGUAUAACUCUGAAGGAACUUGUCUUUUAACUCCAGCGAGAGGGCCACAUCUACAAGCUCACUGAGGCAGGCAGCUGAGCUUGUAGAGGAUGGACGCUAGCAGCAGCUACAUGGCCUACAUGGCAGCAGCCAUCGCUUCAGGACAAGGUCCCAACCUGCCACCAGGCUUUUUCAACAACCAGCCUUCUUCAGGAGCUGCCAACAAUAUGAUGGGGCUACCACCAGGCUUUCAAACCAACCAAGUGGCAGGACCCGCUAACAACAUGAUGGGACUGGACCUGGAGAUGACACGGAUGGCACAGGAGACGGUACAGGAGACACUCAGCGAGGAGGUCUUCACCACCUACAAGGCCAGUGUGCCCACAAUCCCCCAUGCACAGCCUCAUCCAGCAGAUAUUGUAGAAGCAGGCUCUUUAGCUGCCAUGGCCCUGCCCGCUACAGACUACCCCCUGGCCGACACCAUCCCUGAUGAUGUCAUCACCUCGGGGAAGCUGAGCUCCCUACAACUGGAGGGGGUGAUAUAUGCUUGUACCAGACACCAGAUGGUCCUGCCCAACAGUUGUCGGGCGGGGUUCUUCAUUGGAGACGGGGCAGGAGUAGGCAAGGGUAGACAGAUUGCGGGAAUAAUCCUGGACAACUUUGCUCGAGGCAGAACUCGGCACGUCUGGUUCAGCAUCUCUACAGAUCUCAAACUGGACGCUGAGAGAGACCUGCGUGAUAUCGGCUGCUACGUGAAGGUGAUCGAGGGUUGCCAGCAGCUGGAUAGGGAGACUAAAGUGUUUGGACUUCCGCCUGGCUUCAAGGAAGGAGUCAUCUUCAGCACCUACGCUACACUUGUGUCUUCUGUACAGAAAGGAGUCGGAGCAUCUACAUCUCGGCAGAGUCGGCUGGACCAGCUCAUUAACUGGUGCGGGGGGCAGGACUUUGAUGGCUGUCUCAUCUUUGACGAGUGUCACAAGGCUAAGCACUUUGUACCUGGUAAAGAGAAGAACAGCACGAAGGUAGCCCUGGCCGUGGCGACUAUCCAGCGACUGCUGCCCAAGGCCCGUGUGGUUUACUGCAGCGCGACGGGAGUCACCGACGUGAAGAACAUGGCCUUCAUGGAGAGGCUGGGGCUGUGGGGCAGCGGAGCAGCCUUCAAAGACUUCGAACAGUUUCUAGAAGCCAUACAGAGACGAGGUCUUGGUGUGGCUGAGAUGUUAGCGAUGGAGAUGAAAGGAUCUGGUAUGUACAUCUCCAGGGGACUCAGCUUCAGACAGGCAGAGUUUGUGACAGUGGAGGUGAACCUGACACCCCAGCAGGUGAAAACAUACGACAUGGCGGCACACGUCUGGAACGAGUUGCGGCAGUCGCUGACCACGGCCGUCGCGCGUACGGGCACGAACAACCCGCGCAUGUGGUCAACCUUCUGGUCCUCGCACCAGAGGUUCUUCAAGCAGCUCUGUAUGGGCAUGAAGGUACCAGCGAUUGUACAGGAGGCCAAAGAGUCCCUAGAAAAGGGGUACUGUGUCGUGAUUGGAUUACAAACAACUGGAGAGGCCAGUCUGGAGUGCGAGCUGUCCAAACAUGGUGGGCAGGUGUCAGGUUUCGUGUCGCUGUGUAAGGAGAUCUACACACGCUUCGUCCAGCAGCACUUCCCCACGAUCAUACAGGGGCGGGAGGAGAAGGAAGACUUCUGGUGCAGGUCUGCUAAAGACCUGCUGCUGGGAUUUGCCGACAAGAUCGGGCUGCCGAACAGUCCCCUGGAUGAGAUAAUAGACCAGCUGGGUGGAACACAGUGCGUUGCUGAGAUGACAGGCCGACGCGGCCGUGUUGUGAGGAAAACGCAGAAGUCCCCACCGCAGUACGCCCUCCGAGACUCGGACACGUCCGGCGACAUGGACAGUCUGAACAUCCGGGAGAAAACCAGCUUCAUGGACGGCAGGAAACUCGUCUCCAUCAUCUCUGAUGCUGCAAGCACAGGUAUCUCUCUACACGCAGACAUGCGAGCAGCGAACCAGCGCCGGCGGGUACACAUCACGUUAGAGCUACCCUGGAGCGCAGACAAGGCCGUACAACAGAUGGGACGCUCACACAGGUCCAACCAGUCCAGUGGUCCCCUGUACAAGUUAGUCACCACAAGUUUAGGUGGAGAGAGAAGAUUUGCCGCUGCUGUGGCAAGAAGGCUUCAGAGUCUGGGUGCUCUUACUAAAGGCGACCGGCGUGCCGCAACUGGCGCAGACUUGAGCGAGUUUAACUUCGACACCCCGUACGGACGGACAGCCCUGCGGAACAUGUACUACGGAAUCUGCCAUGGUGAGAUGGUCGCGGGGGUGUCCCUGGACAGUGUCACGCAGGGAAAAUACCAGUUUGGGGAGUUCAACACUGCUAUGCAGGACUGUCUAUCCCAGAUGGGGGUUGUGGAGGAAGGCAGCGGGAACAGCGUGAAAGACAAGGAUUCUGGGAUGGUCGGGCGCUUCCUGAACAGGAUUCUGGGAUUGAGCGUGGAGCGACAGAACCUGAUUUUCCGCUACUUCAGCAAGUGUCUGGACGCCAACAUCGGAGCAGCCAGGAGAGAAGGAAGGUACAACGAGGGUCUAGUGGACAUUACAGGCUCCUCAGUAGACUUGGUGGGAGAUCCACGGGAAGUGUUCCACGGAGUGCACAACGGGACCAACACAACCAGGCACGUAGUGUUGUCGGUGGACCGAGGUAUGGACUGGGACACGGCCAUGGAGCGCGCUAAGAACCAUGGGAAGGAGAAGGAUGGGUUCUACUGCAGCCGGAGAGAGGUCAGAGGUCGUCGGCUCUACAUCCUGGCCACGCAGAAGGAGAACUCCACCCACCUCUUCAAAGUGGCACGUCCAAACACGGGGGUGUCCAGUUUUGAUGAAGAGAUUUCAGAGAUCCUGUCCCGGUACUCCCACGUGGCAGAGGACAGGGCAGAACACGGCUGGAAGCAGCAGUAUGAGGAGGCAAGUCAGCACUGCAUCCACGGGCCUAACUGUAAGAAUGGACAGGCCUGCACUGUUGGCAGUCGGUGCUACCGUGUCAGCCUGCUGUGUGGAGGGAUUGUGACUCUCAUGUCUCUGUUAGAGAGGACAGUCGCACAGUACCAGGCCAAGCUGCAACUCAGCAAGGUGGAGUGCAACCUUCGUGUGGUGAGGGUUGAGUUGAGGGACGGCAGGAGGAUUGUGGGAUUGCGUUACCCGGAGGUUCUCAUCCCGCUGGCAGAGAAGGCGAUGCAGGAACAGAAUCUCCCAGAAUCCAUCAUUCAGAGGAUCAAGAACCAACCUACUAUCCUGAGUAACGGGAUGUUGGCACUACCCUCCCAGUCCGCCCCUCCCCCUCUCCCUGCCAACAGGGCGACCUCAGCCGUCAUCGAGCCAGCCUGUCCAGUCAUCAGGAAGUGCCUCUCCCGUGCCACCACACCGCCUGUCACCAUCAAAAACUUCUUCAAACCCUGUAGCACCAUAAAAAGGACUACUUCUACUAGCACAGUGGCCACCAGCCAAUCAGAUUCAAGUGUGGAAGCGGCUGGCCAAUCAAAUGGUGAUGCCACCGAUUGCACCGAUCCUGACCAAUCAGGUGCAAGCCAGGCCAGCCAAUCAAGUGGUGGUGCCAUGGAUCCUGACCAAUCAGGUGCAAGCCAGGCCAGCCAAUCAUCUGGUGUAAUCCAAUCAGGGAGUGACCAAUCACAAGAGGAGGAAACCGAAAAACCGGAAACAGAAACAGCCUUGUCAACUGUAGACAGUGCAACUGAUGUUGUGGUACUCAGCCAAGAUUCUUCAUCAACUCAGGGAUCCAGCUUCGAUUCUGAAAACAAGUUUGGCAGUUCUCAGACCUGUAAGAACACGACUAACUUGGAGAAGCUCUCCGUCAAAAGGCCGUUAGGAAGUAGCAGCGCAAACCGUCCCGCAAAGAGACAAAAGAGCCAGAAAUCAAACAGUCUGAUGACCAUGUUCAAAAAGGCGACGCAAAAGGAAGAAGUCAGCAAGUUGAAGAAACAGACAUGUCCCAUCUGUAAUGUUGUCAUGAAGCCGGGCACCACAAACGGGGAGCUAAACCAGCAUAUAGACAACUGUCUUAUAGAGUAACUAAAAGUACACAUCAUUUUCAAUAUGACAGA